UAGGUUUCGGUGUUGAUACUCGGUUCAGGUUAAACCCUAUAUAUAUAUACCAGACCAAUAACACUCAGAUAGCUUAAGCGCCGCGUUGGCACUUUAUUAUAGUUCUAGUGGUGAUGAGAUAGUCAUAGAACAGACAGAUAAAAACCCUUUGCUGCAUUGUAACUCAUUUCCCUUUACGUUCCUUCGGCUGUCUGCUGCCAGCGCGGGGGCGGAGAGGGGGAGCUGUUAUUAGAUUAUUUGCAGGUAUUAAUGAAAAGAGACUACUCUUCCCAGCAAGCUCUAGGGGAGAAAGCCCGGCUUAGGCUGCUAACCGAGGCUAUAUAAGCAUCUCAGACGGCGCGGGUUUCAGACGUUCGUUGGUGGCUGUUGAGGCAGUGACGGUUAUAUUUUUAAUGCGGUGGCGUCGUUCUUGUUUACUCCCUCGCUGAACGAGUUGGUUUUCUACGGCCGUUUCAUUAUUUUCGCGUGGCAUUUUCGAUGAGGCCGAAUGAGGCAGGUGAGGUGCCCGCUGUGGCGGCGCGCCUGGAGGAGCUGAAGCGGCGGGCGGCCGAUUGCAUCGAGGCGUCGUCGGAGCGGCUGGGGGAGCUGAGCCGGAAGAUCUGGAGCCGCCCGGAGUUGGCCUACGAGGAACGCCAAGCUCACGGCGCCAUGACGCGCUUCUUCACCAGCUGCCCCUCGCCGCCGGAGGAGGAGGUUUGGCUAGUGCAGCGGAGCUACAAGCUGGAGACGGCCUUCCGCGCGGACUGGCAGUGGGACGGGUAUGCCGCUGAGGCCGGGCAGAGGAAGAAGCCGCCGCCGCCGCUCCUCCGCCUGGGCUUCCUGUGCGAGUACGACGCGCUGCCCGGCAUCGGCCACGCCUGCGGCCACAACCUCAUCGCCGAAGUGGGCGCCGCCGCCGCGCUGGGCCUGAAGGGCGCCCUGGAGAGCCUUCGCCGUAGCGGACCAGCCGCAGGACUCCUCCGCCAGGUCCCCGCCGUCAAGGUCACGGUGUUGGGCACUCCUGCUGAAGAAGAUGGAGGAGGCAAAAUAGACUUAAUUAAAGCUGGGGCUUUUGAUGGUCUAGAUGUUGUUUUCAUGGCCCAUCCUUCCCAAGAAGAUGCUGCUUAUUUGCCAGAUGUAGCAGAACAUGAGAGGUGGCGAACAGAGAAGAUGUCAGGAAAUCUCAAUGUGACUGUGAAAUACUAUGGAAAAGCUUCUCAUGCUGCUGCUUACCCUUGGGAAGGAGUAAAUGCAUUAGAUGCUGCUGUUCUUGCAUACAACAAUCUGUCAGUUUUAAGACAGCAAAUGAAACCAACAUGGAGAGUUCAUGGCAUAAUAAAGAAUGGAGGUGUGAAACCUAAUAUCAUCCCUUCUUAUGCUGAAUUAGAAUUUUACUUGCGUGCUCCUUCGUUAAGGGAACUCUCCAUCCUGACAGAAAAAGCAGAGAACUGUUUUAGAGCUGCAGCUCUGGCCACAGGGUGUGAAGUGGAAUUAAAAGGUGGUGCAAAUGAUUACUACAAUGUGCUUCCUAACAAGAGCCUGGAAAAAGCCUACGUAGAGAAUGGGAAGAAGCUUGGCAUGGUGUUCAUCCCCGAUGAUAACUUGAAUGGGCUGUCAGGGUAUCGGCUGUUCAUCACAAACCAUGUUGGAAAAUCUACCCCACUGCCCAUCAAAAUGCAAGGGAUAGGAUUGGUAGCCCCUAAGUAAACAUUUAUUCCAGGACUCUUUGAUUCAGGGCUCCUUUUUGGAGGAAGGGCAGGAUAUAAAUUAAAUAAGGGAAGGAGAGUCUGCUGCUGCUACUGCUGUUGCUGUGGGAUCGCCACCUCCACCACCCUUCCCUGUGGGACUUCUGCCUGGCAGACCGGCAUCCUGUAGGACCAGGCCCCAGGUACCCAGCCAGCUGGGACUGAUUGCUACCACCUGUUCCUCUUUGGAGGGAUACAUAAGCCGGCUGGCUGGGGUGGCCUGGGUGUUUGUUUGUUUUUUGUGUGCUGCUUUUUUGUGUGUGUGUGGGAUUAAGGAGGAUUAAUUUUAUGAUGUUUUAAUUGGAAAUUGGUUUUAAAUUGUUUAGGACUGUGGUUUGUUUUUGUAUAUGUAUAUUA